GCCUGGGAUGAUUUGCAGGUUAUUUUUGCAGUGCAGUGUGAGCAGUUUGCUGAUACCCCAAAGCCUGCCCGAGGGAAGCCGUGUGCAGGUUCCACCUCUUGUGUAAGUAACAAAGAGAAUUUGGCUAAAAAUGUGCUGAGAUGAUGAGAGCUGUUGAUGUUAAACUUCUUUUGCUGUAUUUUAUAUUUUCCAUGUUUCAGGAAACUGGAAAGUGUGUACUCUCCAUGAGAUGGAAACUCCAGUCUGCUUUGCCAGGCUGAUGGGGAGAGGGGAGACUCCUCUACUCAAAAAAUGCAUUUUUGCCUUAAGGAAAAAAAAAGUUUCUGUUGUGUUCUGACUCUACAGGUGACAAAAGCCACAGAGGUGGCUUUCCACAAAGUACUGGUCCUGCUGCAGGGGAGGUAAGUAAGUGAAGGAUCUGGUUUAGAAAAUACUUGUGUGGAAAGUUUUAAUCCAUUUUAUGAAAGGCAUCACUGGAGCAGGGGAGGAGGAAGUGCCCUUCAAGCAGUGGCAAAAGGUUCCUGUUACCUGACUUGGUGCAUUUCAGCUGCAUCAGUUAUUGCAGUAAAUGCAAUUGCAGUUGUUUCCCCUGUGAGCCUUCCUUUGUCAGAGGGUGCAGGUGAGUUACCCAGGCAGGCUCCAGAGUUUCAGGAGUGCAUCUUUCCAGUGAAUCUGUGGGAACAGAGCCACAGGCUGCUGUCAGUGAGAACAGCACCUCCAUCAUUCAUUUACAUGGGCUGAAGAUGGGAAGAAUCAGCAUGGCUGGAAAAACUGUGCAGCUGAGGUGUGAAAAAGCCUGAAUUGACCUGGGCAGGGAAGGGGGGAAGGCUGUUCCUUGGGGUGUUUUUCUGAAUGAGGCUGAGGUAAAAAGUGAAGAGUUGAGGGCGCGGUGAAGGGUUGAUGAAGAUGUUCGGCCGGAUUUACAGCGCAGGGGCCGCGGCGGUGCCAGGUGUGAGCAAUGUCCCCUCUUGGAAGGAGCCCAACUUCCCGAGCCGCCUGGCACCAGCAGCGGGCACCUGUGUGAAUUGAUUGAACGUCGUUUUAUUGCUUUUUAACAUUUCUGUCUCUCCUUCCAGCAGUGCCGCCUCCUUUCCGGACCGGCUCCCGCAUCUCCGGUGUUUUCACAGGGAAAGGGCGCCCGGUGCUUCCCCCGGGAGGGGCCCGCGGGGCGGGAGGUGCUGAACGAACAGCUCCGCUCACCUGCGCGCGGGAUCGCGGCGGGGUUCGGGGUGUCCCCCCCCCCUUUUCCCCGAGCCGUUUUCCACAUCCCGGAUUUUCACCUUUUCCCCCCCAUUUUUCCCUCCCCCCCCCCGGUUUCCCGCGCGCGCGCACGGAGGGGGGGGGGGGGGUGAAUGGCGCGCGCGCCGCCCCCUCCGCGCGCCCCCCCCCCAUCCCCUCCUUCCCUCCCCGCCUUGGCCCCAGCCCACGUGACCCGCGCGGGCCAAUGGGCGCGCGGGGCGGCGGGGAUCCGGCUGGAACCGGUUGGGCCGCGUCCGGCUCUAUAUAAAACUUUAUAAACACCCGAUUCCAAUUAGUGGGGUCGGGACCAGCGCAGCCCGCCGGGUGCAGCCCCGCGCACCGCGCCCCGCACGCAGCGCCCCGCACCGCAGCGCCGCCAGCGCGCCCGGCUCCCCCACCCCCGCCUCCCCGCGCCGCUCCCUCCGCCCCCUCACGCCGCCCGGCGCGCUCCGCUGCCCGCACACGCUCACACACACACUCCCACUCACACGCACGUUCACACGCGCGCACACGCGGAGCCAUGCCGAAGAGAAAGGCUGAAGGAGAGACCAAGGGCGAUAAGGCCAAAGUUAAGGAUGAGCCUCAGCGGAGAUCAGCGAGGUUAUCUGCUAAGCCCGCUCCUCCCAAGCCAGAGCCCAAACCUAAAAAAGCAGCUCCAAAGAAGAGCGAGAAGGUGCCCAAGGGGAAGAAAGGAAAAGCUGAUGCUGGCAAGGAGGGAAACAACCCUGCAGAAAAUGGAGAUGCCAAAACAGACCAGGCACAGAAAGCCGAAGGUGCUGGUGAAGCCAAGUAAAACGUGUGAAUUUUUGAUAACUGUGUACUUCUGGUGACUGUACAGUUUGAAAUACUAUUUUUUAUCAAGUUUUAUAACAAUGCAGAAUUUUGGUUUACUUUUUUUUAAGCUAUGUUGUUAGCACACAGACCGCUUCAUUGUUGUGUUCUGGGGGGGUGGGGGGCAAUGGGGACAAAUGUCAUUUAGUCUAUUUCUCAAAACCUAAAUUUUAAUAAGAAAAGCUUCUGCCAGUCCCCCAGUUUUUGGAAGAAGGGCCCUUCCUGCAGGGAGGAAGAAGGGAUUCCCCCGUGCUGCGUGUCAGUUGUGUCCAAGUGAACGUCAGAGCUCCCAAGAUGCUGUUGCCUGCUCCACAUCCGAGUGCCACCAGUUCUGCCCCGGUGUCCCCCUGUUCUCCCAGAGCCAUCACUGCAAAGCACAGCAGAGCUGGGACGUUCCUCUGGCCGAGGAUCCGGAUUGCUGGUGGCCAGUCUGGGAUGGGCUGGCUCAAAAAGGAGCUGCGCUUCCUCUUUUCCUCUGUGGACCCUCAGAUGCAGAAUUCUGCCUCUGGAGUUUGUUCUCCUCUCCAAGUCAGGGUGGGUUUGUGCAGCGUUGUCAGACAACGUGCCAUGGGAACGUGUCCACCCUCACUCUAAACUUCGCCCUCUGCCAGUGCAAGCUGAACAUUCUGACGGUUUUUAGCAACUUCUCCAUUUCAGUAGUCCACCAAGGGAGGGGAGUUUGACAGUUGUUGUAAAAUGUUGCGGAUUGUAGCCCAUGUCCUGCCUAAAUUACCAUGAUUGUUCAUGAAAAGUACCUUUAAUAAAGCUGGAUACGGUUUGGCUUGGACUGUU